AUCGUUAGUUAUAAAAGACAGGGAACCCGCAGCCAAUCAGAGCUUAGUAUAGAAUGGGUGUGGGCACGAGGUUGUGGAGGUGGUGCCGGUCGGAGGCGCGAAGCCGUUGCAGUGUGAGAGUGAUGGCGGCCGGGCCUGGAAUGCGGCGCGGGAGCGGCCCAGUCAGCGUCGUGCUGCGGUUGGGGCUGCUCCUUGGGGUUGUGCUGGGGACUGCCCGGGCUGCAGUGUAUUUCCGGGAGCAAUUUCUGGACGGAGGUGGCUGGCGGAGGCGCUGGGUGAGCUCUGAGUCCAGGCCAGACCUCGGGACAUUUCACCUCACCGCUGGGAAGUUCUACGGGGAUCCCGUGCGAGAUAGAGGUCUACAAACAAGUGAAAACUCCAAAUUUUAUGCAAUCUCCUCACGAUUUAAACCAUUUAGUAACAAAGGGAAGACUCUGGUCAUUCAGUAUACUGUGAAACAUGAGCAGAAGAUAGAUUGUGGUGGGGGAUAUAUUAAGAUUUUUUCCUCAGACUUGGAUCAGAAGAACCUGAGUGGAGCUUCCCCUUACUACAUCAUGUUUGGGCCAGAUAUUUGUGGAUCUGAGACAAAGAAAGUCCAUGUUAUUUUAAAUUACAAGAAUAAACCUCACCCAAUCAAGAAACCAAUCAGAUGUAAGGUUGAUGGAUAUACACAUCUGUAUACUUUAAUUAUAAGGCCAGAUCAGACUUAUGAAGUAAAAAUUGAUAAUGAAGUGGCUGCUUUGGGCAACUUAGAGGAUGAUUUGGAUUUCUUGCAACCAAGGAAGAUUAAUGAUCCAGCAGUGAAGAAACCCAGUGACUGGGAUGAUCGAGUCCAAAUCGAUGAUCCGAAUGACAUCAAACCUGAGGAUUGGGAUGAACCUGAGUACGUUAUGGAUACUAGUGAUGAGAAACCUGAAGACUGGGAUCAUGCUGUGCAUGGAGAAUGGAGUUAUCCUAUGGUCAAGAAUCCUCUGUACAAAGGAGAGUGGAAACCAAGGCAGAUUGAUAACCCAAAUUAUCGAGGUGUUUGGCCUCAUCCACAGAUUGACAAUCCGCAUUACUCACCAGACUACAAUAUCUACAGCUAUGAAAACAUCGGUGUCAUCGGAUUAGAUAUCUGGCAGGUGCGAGCUGGCACAAUUUUUGACAAUUUCUUGAUAACAGAUGAUGAGGACUAUGCAGAAGACUUUGGAGAUGAAACAUGGGGAGAAACAAAGGAUCCUGAAAAGGAAAUGAACAUUAGGCAGGCUGAAGAGGAGCAGCGGAGAGAAAGGGUCUCAGAAGAAGAAUACUUUGAGCGACAGUUUAAGAGAAAACAAGAGGAAAAAAGAGAAUCUCAAAAAGAGAAAAGAAUGAAAAAUGCUGUCAAGAAAGAAGAGUUUUAACUGUUCGAAGGAUGCUCGCAUGCAUCACUCUGUAAGGAUUUUGAUGUUUUGCAAACAGCUUCUUGGAGUCUGCACUGAUGAAGCUGUAUUAACAGGACUUCUUAAAUGAUAAUUUUAAGUUUUGUGAACUGUUUUGGUUACUUUUCAGAAAAAUACCGUAAUAUAGUUAUUAAAUUAGCUACUAAAAAGGGCAACUUCUGUUAAAUGUAUUUUAGCUGUGUUAAGAUGCAUCAAAACACACAGUAGGUUUUGAAACUUUUACACUUUUUCAUGAUUUAAUAUUAAAUGUAAAUUCAUGCUAACUUCUGAGGAGAUGUAAAAAUAAGCUUUUUGCUUUCAUUAAAGGCUUCAGCAUGUCAGAUAUGCGAAGCAUGUUUCACAGCCUACUUCACACUAAAGAGAUAAGCUUUGCCAAGCCUCUGUAGUAAUUGCAUACUUUUACGUGUAGUUUGUUCCCUUCCGCUCCUCUAUGUAAUGCCAUAAAUUUGGUUCAAACUGAAGCCAGGCUUGGAGCCCCUCGCUUUUCAUUACCUCUCAACUACCACCUGAGCAGAGUUCUGUGCUGUAAGGAAAUAGAGAAUGGAAGGAGUGGUGCAAGCCUUGCCUCAGCUGCUGUGCUGUGGUGGAACUGAGGUCAAAUUCCUUCACUGAUCCAAGUCCUCUC